AUGGAAGAAGACACAUCAGGAGGAACUUCCAAAAGAAGGAAGACGAAUGACCCUAGUCAUGCUAUUUAUUCUUUGUUUCAAAAAAAAGUAAGUCGGGUAAAUGUAAAUGACUCAAAUAAUAACCAUUCCAAGCAGUCCACUCAGCAGAAUGAAAAGGCAAAUAAAAAUUUGCCAUCUGCAUCGACUCGUGAUAAUGCUCAGAACCUUUCCCAUUUGAAUACAAAUUCAAAUACAAACCAAGACGUGUCGUAUCCCAGUAACAAGCGCAAUGCUAGCAACACCCACCCGAGUAACAGCAAAAGAAAGUGCACCAAUAAUCGAUCAAAAGAUCAAGAUCAUCCUUUUUUGAACAGGCAGCCGGAAAGAGCCUUGUACGUGGACUAUGGCGAAACGGAGAAGAAGAACUGUGUAAAUCUGCCCAGCAAAAUAUUCAUCAAGGACAGUUUAAAAAAUACAUAUACAGACAAUACGAGUUGUAACAGAAACUCGAAACAGCAGCAAAAUAAAGUGGGCCUGUCAUCGAAUGAGUACACAAAUUAUAAAGUUACAACGGAGAAUAGAACGACGUAUGAUCAUGCAAGGAAGCUAAACUGCAUGUGGAAUAUUUACGUGAACGAAUUACUCGAUUUGACGAAUACAGAAGAAUUGCCCCAAGAGACAAUUAAUGACAUGGAAUUGAACGGAGCGGAAAUUGAAAUCCACAAGUCUCGUUGUGCUUCAUAUAUUGGGAUCAAAGGGAUAAUCAUCCUGGAAACGCAAAAUGUAAUGAUACGAAAUGAGCUUAACAGUUAUGCAUUCAAAAUAGUAACCCCCAAGAACAAGGUCUUAAUACUUCUGAAAAACAAAACCGUAUUUAUCCUUACCAUAAAAGAUAAGCAGUAUUACCUGCAUGGCGUCCAGCUGCUCCGCGACCCCGCCUUAAAAUCAUCCAAAAAGUACAAAGUGCUACAGAAUAGGACUAUUUAA